AUGUUUUUCAAAAAGUUGUGGGCUCCUAAUGGAGCCUUAGGUGUCCGUGCUUCACUUGCGUAUGAGAGUUUCACAAGUUCUAUUAAAGGAUCACAGGCGAGUUCCCCAGAAUCCACCAUAGUUGUCGCGCGAUUCGCAAGCCAAGUGUGGGGAAGGAUUAGUAUUCGCCGAUUCGCAAGCCGAAUAGCAGGCGACGAUUUGAAGGCGGCGCUUCGAGUCGCGGCGAGGAGGCUCGUCAGUGGCGGCGGCCAGACGCCGAUCGUGGCCGUGGGAGAGGCGCAGCGCCGGAUCUUCCCGAGGCUCUUCCAGGUCAACCGGGCAAACAGCAGUACGGCGGCCGCCGAGGGUCUCGAAGCUGACGGACAGGAAAGACUCUUGAAGGAAAUCUGUAACAGGAGGGAGCAACUGUACGAUCUGACCUCGGAGGCGGAAACAAUGUACAACAUUCCAGGCAGGGCAGGCCAAGAAGUUGCUCGGCUGCGCCAGGAGCUUGCGGCUCAAAUUGAGCCUAGAUCCAAUGACAGGAGGUGGCGCGUACUACGAGGAAUAAGUAUAUUUGAGCGUUAUAGGGAAAUUGCGACGCUUAUAUUUUCCUUCUAUGUGCUGGCGGGCAUGGCCAGGGGCUCGAUUGUUGAAUUGGGGCCAGAAGAACGGCGAUUGAUCAAGAAGAAACGGAAGGAGGCAAGCAAGGGGAGGAGUGGAGACAAUGUCUCUCUUAAAUGAGGAGGAAAACAAGCGUGGAAGAUGGUUACGUGCUAGCACUUGAAUAAAUGGUUGUUAGAUGGACGAUGAGUGGUCGCUUUGUAAGCGUGGGAGAUGGUUACUAAGACUGAACUGGUUUCCACUAUCAUGAUCUUGUUAUUUGGUGUUUCCCUGUUUUGUUUGUUCAAGAUUUUGAAUUAGCCAUUGCCCAUGUAUGCAUUUACCACUCCUUAUUUCUGCUUAAGGUUGGCAUGUGAAAAUUUUCAGCUGUACAAGAACAAUGAGUAUGAUGCA